AUGGUGUUCAAGUGCUCUCUGUUUCUUCUGAUCUUCUGCUUUCUGGGUUCUACUUUCGGAGUUCAUCAUGCUCGCACCCAUCUUCAGAAUCUAAAUCCAAAUGCUUCUUCACUUCUCACCGGAAUCGAAAUACCUAAUCAUUCAAGCUUUAAUGGAAUCUCGGAUUCUUCUUCUUCUUCUUCAGAUUGCGGCUUCUCCUCGACGGAGAAAACAGAAACAUCAGACGGAAGAGAAACAGGUAGGAAUGAAUUUGAAUCGGUCAAACUCCACCUGAAACACCGAUCACCGGGUCAAACACCCAUGCCCGCUAAAGAGUCAUUAUUCCAUUCGGCCGCAAGUGAUGUCACCAGGAUCCAAACGCUUCACAAAAGGAUCCUAGAGAAGAAGAUUCGCAACACCGUUAUGAAUCCGAAGAAGCACGAUGAAAGUUCUGCCGUAAAGCUCAAGCCUGCAGUAGAAGAAGCGCCGGCGGUGGUGGAGAGUUACGCCGGAAAACUUAUGGGUACUCUGAAAUCAGGGGUAACACUCGGUUCCGGAGAGUAUUUCAUGGAUGUUUUUCUGGGUCCCCAUUACGAUCCCCAACAAUCAUCAUCUUACCGGAAUAUCAGUUGCCAUGAUCGCCGGUGCAGCCUUGUUUCAUCCCCAGAACCUUCCAGACCUUGCAAAGCUGAAGAUGAAUCUCAAUCCUGCCCUUAUUUUUACUGGUACGGCGACAGUUCUAACACCACCGGCGAUUUCGCCACAGAGACUUUCACAGUGAACUUGACCACCAAUGUCGAUGGGCAUAAACAACAGCACAAGGAGGUCCAGGUAAAUAAUGUCAUGUUCGGCUGCGGCCAUUGGAACCGAGGUCUAUUUCAUGGUGCUGCUGGAUUGCUAGGGCUAGGACGAGGCCCACUAUCCUUCGCCUCUCAACUCCAAUCUUUAUACGGCCAUUCCUUUUCCUAUUGUCUUGUUGAUCGGGACAGCAACUCCAGCGUCAGCAGCAAGUUGAUUUUCGGAGAAGACAAGGGUCUUUUGAAUCACCCGGAAUUAAAUUUCACUUCAUUGAUAGGCGGCAAAGAAGCUCCGGUCGAUGUUUUCUACUACGUUCACAUCAAAUCCGUGAUCGUCGCCGGAGAAACCCUGGAUAUACCUGAACACACAUGGGAUUUAACGGCAGAUGGAUUUGGGGGAACCAUCAUCGAUUCCGGAACUACUCUUAGUUACUUUGCUGAUCCUGCUUACAACAUCAUCAAGAAAGCAUUCAUGGAGAAAGUUAAAGGCUACCCUUUGGUUAACGAUUUCCCAAUCCUUGAACCCUGUUAUAACGUUUCUGGGAUUGCGGAUUAUAAAAAAGAUUUGCCAUCUUUUGGGAUCUUGUUCAACGAUGGCGCAGUGUGGAAUUUCCCUGUUGACAAUUAUUUCAUCAAACUUGAACCGGAAGAGAUUGUGUGCUUGGCAGUUUUGGGUACACCACGAUCUUCUUUAUCGAUUAUUGGCAAUUAUCAGCAGCAGAACUUUCAUAUCAUGUAUGAUACGAAGAAAUCUAGGCUCGGAUUUGCUCCAACAAGGUGUGCAGAUGUUUAA